AUUUUGGAUCCAAUCAGCCCAAAAACACAAGCCCAAGUUUCUCAAUGACCAAUAGGAAACCCCCAUUCCAAACCCUAAUCAAAUCUACGAUAAAAACCUAGACUCCCUCACAAUCCCUCGUUCAUUUCCACCGCAAGCAUAGAGAAAACCCUUAAUCCCUCUCCCAUCUCACAGCCGCCAUGGGAAGAGUGAUCAGAGCUCAACGUAAGGGAGCGGGUUCCGUCUUCAAGGCUCACACACACCACCGCAAGGGCGCCGCUAAGUUCCGCACCCUUGAUUUCGGGGAAAGAAAUGGGUACACAAAAGGUGUGGUUACUGAAAUCAUCCAUGACCCAGGUCGCGGUGCACCUUUAGCCAAGGUUACGUUCAGACAUCCUUUCCGUUACAAGCAUCAAAAGGAAUUAUUUGUUGCUGCUGAGGGUAUGUAUACUGGUCAAUUUGUUUAUUGUGGAAAGAAAGCUACUUUGAUGGUCGGAAAUGUCCUACCUUUGAGAUCUAUGCCUGAAGGGACUGUCGUUUGUAAUGUUGAACAUCAUGUUGGUGAUCGUGGUGUUCUUGCUCGUGCUUCUGGGGAUUAUGCUAUUGUUAUCUCUCACAAUCCUGAUCACGACACCACUAGGAUCAAACUCCCAUCUGGCUCCAAGAAGAUUGUCCCAAGUGGUUGUCGUGCUAUGAUUGGUCAAGUUGCUGGUGGAGGUCGUACUGAGAAGCCUCUUCUUAAAGCUGGUAAUGCAUACCACAAAUUCAGAGUUAAGAGGAACUGCUGGCCCAAGGUACGUGGUGUUGCUAUGAACCCUGUUGAGCAUCCUCACGGAGGAGGUAACCAUCAGCACAUUGGUCACGCCAGUACUGUACGCAGAGAUGCUCCACCAGGGCAAAAGGUUGGUCUCAUUGCUGCCAGGAGGACUGGUCGUCUCCGUGGACAAGCUGCUGCUACUGCUUCCAAGAGCGACAAGGCUUAAGUUUGCUAGGCAUGUUUUGUUCUUUUUUGUCUUCGUUUUCUCUUAUUGAAGUUAAGGAUACUAUACUGAGUUUUGGUUGCAACUGUAGGAUUGUGUUUUGCGCUCUUGAUAUCUCUAUGACAUUAUCCCUACCCUUUUCUAUUUGGUCA